CGAAUCCAGCAGUCACCGCAGAAAAUCCAAUAUGGUGUCUGUCGUUCAGCGGUUUACCUCGGAUGUCCGUAUUUCGGGAUAAAAUUAUUAUACGGCGACCGCGUGACUAGCAAUAAUUAUGAAAAUUCGAUUGAAAGCGUCACGCCGCACGUGAAGAUUCUCAUGCCACUGCGUCUCGUGCUGGAUCGAUACGCGCCGUGAACGGGAACGGUUCCUCAGAGGACAGAGCGGCCAAGAGAUCCUCCGUUUGUCCUCUUCCUCGGCGCGUAGAGAGAAUUUUCAGAGAUAAACCAAGGAGCGGAGAUUGAUAAAUGGAUGCCGAGAAGAUGGAGGGUGGCGCGGAAGUGAGUGAUCCGGAGGCGUCGGACAAAAUCAAGGGGAUGAAACGGGACUCGAUAGCGGACGUCACAACCUUAGAUAUAAAGUCGCGUCUCAGUUUAGAGGCGACGGAGGUGGCAAGCGGUGAGCCGCAUGUCAACGGAGUAGCUCAGAUGAACGGUAUCUGCGACUCUCCUCAAAGAACUGCCACCGUCACCGAUCUCCUCCCACAAUCUAAAACAAUGGAAACUAGUCAUUUAAACCAACAUGAACAAGCAGAAGCGUUAUCCAUGGAAAGUAAAGACAACGAUAUCCAAUAUGUUAGUUAUACAAGUGAAUUACAAAUGCCUGAUAUUAUGAAAUUAAUACAGAAGGACCUAAGUGAACCAUAUUCUAUUUACACAUAUAGAUAUUUUAUUCACAACUGGCCGAAAUUGUGCUUCCUGGCAAUGCAUGGUGAGGAGUGCGUUGGUGCCAUUGUCUGCAAACUGGACAUCCACAGAAAGGUGAUAAAGCGCGGUUAUAUUGCAAUGUUGGCUGUCGAUGUGAAAUAUCGAAAACGGAAGAUCGGAUCGAAUCUGGUGAGACGUGCUAUUCAGGCAAUGGUGGAAGAUGACGCCGAUGAAGUGGUUCUGGAAACGGAGAUUACCAACAGGCCGGCAUUACGCUUGUACGAAAAUCUUGGAUUCGUGCGGGAUAAACGGUUAUUUCGAUAUUACUUAAAUGGCGUGGAUGCGUUGCGACUGAAAUUAUGGCUCAGGUGAAAUUCAUCCGCGUGCUUAUGUCAAUAGGUAUUUAAAUAAUUACAAUGUUGAAGAGAUGUGACAUCUAUGCUCUACUAUAUCGGGCAAAUGUGCGACAUUAAUGUCAAAGAGAUUAUACGUUUCUACGUGCAGAAUUUUUGUUUUUGGUUACAAUAUCGUAUGACCUCUAUAUUUUUUUUUAGAAUCGUUAAUUUGUUGGUAAAAAUGUAUCGCAGUGGAUGAACUUUGUCUUAUGACGAGAUCGUAUUUACUUAUCUUGGAGACCGUCUAUUUUCAACAAAUUUGUUUUUCACAUUUUGUGAGAUAAGUGUAAUGAAAUGUCCAACAGCCUAUUGACAGUAUGUCCGUUAAGGACAGAACAUAUGUACAGAGUAAUUUGUUAAUAGUGCCUAACUGUUGCCUGACUGUUAGUUACUUUGUUAUGAAUUUGCUGCAAUUCCUUUGAUAUUAAUGUCAGUGAUCGAGAUAGAUUUCAAUUGCAGCUUGAAGAUAUAAAAGUAAUGAGUGAUAGUAAGAGAACAAAAUUGAGACUGUGAAAAGUGUAUUGAAAAUGACAUAUUUUGCUUGGAGCUCACAUUGAUAAAGUGCGCAUCUUGAAGCGUACACAUGUUCCCACGACUGAUCCAAAAAAAGAAAGUUUAAUGAGUUUAAAGUCGUUACAAUUAUGUGUGAUUUACUUACAUAAAAAUCUUUUGUAAACUGAAUAUAUAAGAGAUAUAUAUUUUUGUUACAAAUGGAUAUAAUUACAACUAUACCUAUGCGGUAUACAUUUUAAUUAUAUCCUAAAUCACAAAUUUUUUCAUGAUUUAUUUGUGAAAUGCAAUCAAAAAAAUUCAUAAACUCGGCCUUAUCAAUUUUGUUUUAUCACUUUUGUAAAAAUUAAAAUUCGUACUAAUUUUAGCGUUUCUCCUUUGUUAUGAUAAGAAAUUCAACGUUUAUUAUAACAAAUAUUAAAAUAAAGAUACAAUUCGUAAAAAUAAGAGAAGAAACUGAGAUACAAUUCGUAGAAAUGUAAAAUAACGUUUAUAUAUACAUAUAAAAGAUAUAAUCAACAAAAAGGCCGUGCGAUAUUUAUAUGAAUUCUUUUUAUUGUUUUUCAACGUUUUUGAUGGAUCCAAUUCAUCUUCAUUCUAGUAUUUUAAUACCGAAAUGAAUAAUUAUAAAAAUGGAAUGAUUAUAAAAUUACGUUAUAUUAUGCGAAAAUUGCUAUAUCAUAACAGCUGGCGCGUAAUUUUGCUUGAGUCGAGUGUACGAUUUUGUCAGUGUGAACGGCAUUUUAAUAGAGAAACAAAAGCGUGAAAAAAGAAAAAAGAAACAAAGUCCUCCGAGAGAGUAUGAUGGAAUUUUAGAAAAAAUACUUCUGUUUGAAAUUGUAAAGUAAUAUCGAUAUACUACAUUAAACAGACGCGGACAAAGAGAAAAA